AUGGCCCCAAAAGCUAUCAAGGGAGAAUACAUCGAGACUGAUACAGGGAACAAGGUAUCUCGUCGCAACCAGGUGCACGGAACCCAGCAUAUCAUUCUAGGGGGCAAGACGGUUAUCCAGGCGGACGUCUGUAUCCGUGGUGACCUCUACCGCCAGCAGCCAGCAACACCUCCAGCAGCAUCAGGGGCAGGAGCCGGGUCGAAGCCUGCCGCCAACACCCCAUCGAUCGCGGUAACGAUCGGUCGGUACACAUAUCUGUCUCGGUCAUGUCUGCUGCGGCCUCCAUCGCGUCUCCAUCGCGGUGUGCACUCGUACUACCCCCUCAAGAUGGGCGAUCAUGUGUUUGUUGGAGAGAAUUCAGUAGUUGAGGCUGCCACAGUUGGAAAUCACGUACAUAUUGGACGAGAUGUGGUUGUAGGGUCAAUGGCUAUUCUGAAGGACUACGUCGUCGUGCUGGACGGAGCGGUUGUUCCCGCAGGCAUGGUCGUGCCCAGCUGGUCUGUUGUCGGUGGCGCACCUGCAAGAGUAGUCGGCGAGGUUGGCGAGGGCUACGGUGUUGAAGGUGCGGAGGGCGGAAUGGCCAGGGAGAGGUACAGGCUGGUAGGGAGGUGA